AUGGGAAAGCGAAAGUCGGCUGCGAAGCCCGAGGCGAGGAAGGUUCAGAAGGUCCCGACGACUUUCAACUGCCCGUUCUGCAAUCACGAGGCCAGCGUCGAGUGCAAACUGGAUAAAAAAGCAGGCAUAGGAACGGCCACCAUCCCUCACGCUCCGUCGAUUAAUCUUACCGAGAGCGAAUCGCUCACCAUGACGGACGUCAGCAGUGCGCUUCGGGAGCAGCAGAAGCUGCUGCAAUCGGCUCGCGCACUGACGCACAUGAAGCUUCCCGGCGAUCGGGUCACGAGCGUCGUCAUUCCGUCUGUGCUUGCGCUGACCGCCACCGUGCUCAUUGGCAGGGGCUUGUUCAACAUGUCCUUUGGGAUUGGCAAGAAAGAGUGA